CUCGAAGUCUACAAGUCUGAGAACAAAGUGAAUGUCAGACCUAGACAAACUCCUUGUGCAGGAUCCGCAGCUCUUGUCCACAAUGAAUGAGUGUCACUACGACAAACGGAUGGACUUUUUCUACAACAGGAGCAACACGGACACAGCAGACGAGUGGACGGGGACAAAGCUUGUGACUGUCCUGUGUGUUGGGACAUUCUUCUGCCUCUUUAUAUUUUUCUCUAACUCCCUGGUCAUCGCGGCAGUGAUCACAAACAGGAAGUUUCACUUUCCCUUCUACUACCUGCUGGCUAACUUAGCUGCUGCAGAUUUCUUCGCCGGAAUUGCCUACGUGUUCCUGAUGUUUAACACGGGCCCAGUGUCAAAAACCUUGACGGUCAACCGCUGGUUUCUCCGCCAGGGGCUCCUGGAUGCGAGCCUGACUGCCUCCCUGGCUAACUUGCUGGUGAUUGCCGUGGAAAGGCACGUGUCAAUCAUGAGGAUGCGAGUCCACAGCAACUUGACCAAAAAGAGGGUGACACUGCUGAUUCUGCUGGUGUGGGCCGUCGCCAUCUUCAUGGGGGCGGUCCCCACGUUGGGCUGGAAUUGCAUCUGCGACAUCUCGGCCUGCUCAUCUCUGGCCCCCAUUUACAGUAGGAGUUACCUCAUUUUCUGGACCGUGUCAAACCUCCUGGCCUUCUUCAUCAUGGUGGUGGUUUACGUGCGCAUCUACAUGUACGUCAAGAGGAAAACCAACGUCUUGUCUCCGCACACGAGCGGCUCCAUCAGCCGCCGGAGGGCUCCCGUGAAGCUGAUGAAGACGGUGAUGACUGUCCUAGGCGCCUUCGUGGUGUGCUGGACCCCGGGUCUGGUGGUGCUGCUGCUGGACGGCCUGAACUGCCAGCAGUGUAACGUGCAGCGCGUGAAGCGCUGGUUCCUGCUGCUGGCGCUGCUCAACUCCGUCAUGAACCCCAUCAUCUACUCCUACAAGGAUGAGGACAUGUACAGCACCAUGAGGAAGAUGAUCUGCUGUGCCCCGCAGGACAGCAGCUCCGAGAGGCGCCCAUCCCGCAUCCCCUCUACCAUCAACAGCAGGAGCGACACCGGAAGCCAGUACUUGGAGGACAGCAUCAGCCAGGGCCAGGUGUGCAACAAAAACAGCAACUAAGCCAACUCCUUGGCCCUCUUCCCCAGGGGAAGGAGCUGUUAAGAAUCCUCACUGUCUCACCAAGCCCGUGGACAGAGUUGUUUGAGGUCUCCAUGAAUCACUGCUGGGGUUUUUAAGUUUUCAUUGUCAAGAAAGAUAAAAGACACUGUGUUUAGUGAAAGUGCGCAGAAAGGGGAGACACGACAGCAGGUCCCUACUUGUGGUCUAUGAACUGCUCAAAACAUCCUCCAGCUUGGGAGACAUGCUGUGCUCCGCUGCCAUCUUGCCUCCAUUCUCUGUGUUUUGAAAGAUGGUGUUGAAGGGUCUAGGUCAAAAGAAAUAAUAGAUAAUGGUACUUGAGCCUCCUGGUGUAGCUUCUAGACUCUAUGUAGUUGUUUUUGCAUGCAUUUAAAAGGUUAAGAAAUGUUUUAGCAGUGAGCUUUGUUUUCCCAAAGGAAGCCAUGGCCAGGAGCUAGAUGUACUGUAAGAACCUGGGAAAAACCGGUACAGGCUCUGGAGGAACUUAGAACCAAAUGAACUUUCUGAGGAAAAAAAAAAAAAACAUUUAUGGAAAGGAACACUGCAAAGGUGAGAGUACGGAAGCAGCUCUGGGGUGUGAAGUUUUUGUCCUUUAGCAUUUGCGGGGGCACGCUCUGCCUGCUCUACUUACACAAUUCAACGUGUACAAUUCGAAGAGGUCAGUCAGCAAUGGAGAGCUUAAUCGACUGCCUCCACUGCCUCCACUGCCUCCUACACUUUCCAGCCCAGGACAGUGGCUUGAGAAAUUACCUAAACAAGAAAAGAAAAUUCACUUCUAAACUGCCAACUGUAUAGCAGAGUAAAUGAUGGUAUUGACUGGCGAGCUGGACCUCUUCCAGAUAGGGUCAAAUAUGAGCAUGACUAGAUACUCAGUCUUGGUUAUCUGGAUACUGCUGGUAGGUUUGCUGGAUUCCAUAUGUAUAGUAAUUGCAUGUCUAGUAUUUUACCCAAAGCUGCCAACAUACUUGUGAACUAAAUCUUGAUCUUAUAUCAUUCUCCUUUGAAGACUUAUAAAAGACAAUUGAAAACAAAAACAGAGUUUCAUACUCAUAGGCUACUGACCAGUGUUUUCUAUGUAAGAAAUUUAGAGAAUAUUCUGACUUAAAAUAAGACUAACUUCAAGGCAGGCACUAUAGUAUUUAUGCAGUUUGCAAACGUUUACAUCUUUUCUGUCUUUGCUGUUGUGAUGUAACAUUUAUGUGCACAAACUACUUGUAAUAAAAGAAUUUAAGAAGUUGUGCUUUGAGAUAUAAUGGCCUAAAAUAUAGAGCAUUAUGAUUUGAAGGCUUAGAUUUUACAUGCUUGGCACCAUAGGGGGGUGUACCCAAAGCUUAUGUUAAAACUACCUGUAAAAUAAAAAAUUUAAAGGACCCAUUCUCCCUUGAUAAGGUCCAUUAUUGCUUUGUAUAUUAUCUAA